CACAAUACCAGUCAUUUUAUCGCGUCGUCGCACGCAAGUGACGUAACCGGUAGGGCACGCUUGUAGCACAUGAAUUCACAAACAUUGCUCCUCAUAUGAAAAAGGUAACAUGGCGAAGAAUAAACAGAAAGGAAAGAAGCAGAAGAGUGUUUUCCAAGUAGCAAACAGGCAUCUGAAGAUGAAGAACAAAGCAAAACCUGUCACAACAUCUCUAAAAAAUAUCAAUGCAAUGAAAAAUGAGAAGGUGGAAAACCUAAACCAGAUAUUUACGGAGGUGCAGAGGGAUGUGAAGAGCAUUUCCAAAGGUGUUGCGCCGCAAACAAAGAAAAAAACACAGGGUCCAAAAGAACCACCAAAGGAACCAGUAAAUGUUGACAACGCUGCUCAGCUUUUCUCUCAGCUUUAAUGGAUCGAUCCUGAUGACUGAUUCAGAUUUUUUCUGAUGGACAUUAAAUGUCAAAAAGAGGAAUUUUUUUUUUCAUGCAAUCUAUAAUCAAUCUCAGAUUGUUAAUACCUUCAUUUGAUAAUAAAGUCACAAUUUAUUAGACGAGCUCAAGAAAAUUACAUUAAAAAGAGGAAUGCAGAUUUUCCUCCAGCAACCAGCAUGUCGUUUAAUCCUUCGCUGCAACUGAAGAACUUUGUAUAUAGGUAGCAAAAAAUGAGACUGUCAACAAUGAAUCUUCUGUUUUUAUUCUUGAUUAAUUUUUCUGCAGAGAUUAAUAAAACAAAAAAGGAAAUUUAAAGGAAACGAGUGAUGUCUUUGAAUCAAACACCACUUCCUAUGUGGUGCUGCAGUAACUGUUUUUGUUUUUGUCAAACCAGAGCACGAAUCAAACACAUUUAACUGAAGUUUGCAUUAAUGUUUCAAGUUGUAUGCAUUAAUUAGAAUUAAAAUUCAGAAUCAAUUUAAAUUUAUACAACAGAGUUUUUCUUAAGUCACUGAAAUUGUUUUCCACCAAGAAAAUCUCCUGCCGGUUUGUCUCAACCACCACGCAGCCAAACUGCUCAAAUUUUCCCACUAACGCCUUUCAAUGCAAUUUCAUAUUUCCGUCGCUCUUUCGCCAUCUAGCGGCCAGAGUUACGCAUAACUUUCAGUUUAGCCACUUUGCAUUUAAAUACCUAUAUUUACAUCUGGUUUGUGUGGUAUAAACAUGCUUCAACGUUGAGUGAUAUUAUGCUUUGCCUUUAUGUAAAUAAAAAAUAAAAAAAAUACAUAAUGUUCUA